CUGGCAACGCUGACCGAGGCUAGUUUCCUAGCUAGCUAGUUUAAAGGGGAAAACAAAAGGACAGAGGAUUGAUUUUUUUUCUUCCGCUGAAUGUUUUGGAGAUCUUCUCCAUUGUUUGUGAACAAUGUUCUCCCUAACCACAUCUUUCCAGCCUCAGGUAACCGUGCCUCUGAGCCAUAUUAUUAAUGCUGUGCACUCACUGAAAGCGUCAGCCAGCUCCACUGCCAGUGCUGCAGUUCAGAGUCUACACAGAGAGCUUUCAGCUGAUCAGCACAUACUGUCCAACAGCCCUGACACACAGCUUAAGCAAAUCCAUAAAGACCUGGGGAUCUCAGAGCUGAGGCUAAGUGGAGUUAAUGAGCUAUUAAACAGGCUGCUGCCCACACCAGCUCCCACAGAGAGCUCAGACCUUAGGGUCUGUCUUCGAUCUUCAAGAUGGAGAACGUCGCACAUUUCCACAGAUUCCUUCUAUCACAACAAACAUGGUUUCUCUCAGAGAAUGCCAGGACUCUUUGGUUAUCCAAUAUUCCAUAGACAAAACUCCCGUCCUCUUCAGGUUCUUUGCUCAGAUCUUCAGCACUUGCAAGGUUGGGUCCAAAGCCGAGGUUUUAAGACUCUGAGGUCCAAGACCAGGCGCCUUCAGACCAGCUAUGAAAGUCCAGCAGAAUCAGAGAGCUAUACCCCAAUAUUUAUGAAGGGUCUUCUCUUGAGGGAUAAAGCAGAUGCUGAGAGCCUUGACCAGUUAAUAAAACAGAGGAAUCUUCCAGAAAACCAGCAAGAUGCCUUUAAGACUGGUUUUACAGAGGGCUUCAUGAAAUCUCAAGCCCUAAUGCAGAAGACACAAGAGUCACUUAAGAGGACUCGUCUGAUUUUGCUUGUCCUCCUGCUUGUUGGUAUCUAUGGUUUGUCAAGAACACCAUUUCUCUCAGUCCGAUUCCGUACUACAUCUGGCCUGGAUGCCGCGCUGGAUCCGGUCCAAAUGAAGAACGUCACCUUUGAGCAUGUGAAAGGUGUUGAGGAGGCAAAAAGUGAGCUUCAAGACAUUGUUGAGUUCUUGAGGAAUCCACAGAAAUUCACUGCACUUGGUGGAAAGUUACCCAAAGGAGUGCUCUUGGUCGGUCCUCCUGGUACUGGAAAGACUCUGCUUGCCAGAGCUGUGGCAGGGGAGGCAGAUGUGCCAUUCUACUAUGCGUCCGGGUCGGAGUUUGAUGAGAUGUUUGUGGGUGUUGGAGCAAGUCGCAUCAGGAACCUGUUCAAAGAGGCGAAAGCUAAUGCCCCCUGUGUGAUCUUUAUUGAUGAGUUGGACAGUGUGGGUGGAAAGCGGAUUGAGUCACCCAUGCAUCCAUAUUCGCGUCAGACCAUUAACCAGCUCCUUGCAGAAAUGGAUGGGUUUAAACCAAACGAAGGGGUUAUUGUUAUUGGGGCAACAAAUUUUGCAGAAGCUUUGGACAAUGCUCUUGUGAGACCUGGGAGGUUUGACAUGCAAGUCACAGUCCCCAGACCCGAUGUAAAAGGACGCACUGAGAUCCUCAACUGGUAUCUGAAGAAAAUCAAAGUGGACCCUGAUGUGGAUGCAGAAAUUAUUGCGAGGGGAACAGUGGGCUUUUCUGGAGCAGAGCUGGAGAACUUGGUGAAUCAGGCUGCGCUAAAGGCUGCUGUAGAUGGAAAGGAGAUGGUGACAAUAAAGGAACUGGAGUUUGCUAAAGACAAGAUCCUAAUGGGCCCAGAGCGCAGGAGUGUGGAGAUCGACAAGAAAAACAAGACAAUCACAGCAUAUCAUGAAUCUGGGCACGCUAUUGUGGCAUAUUAUACUAAAGACGCCAUGCCCAUAAAUAAAGCUACUAUCAUGCCACGAGGACCCACCCUUGGUCAUGUGUCUAUGCUCCCAGAAAACGAUCGGUGGAGUGAGACUCGUGCUCAACUGUUGGCUCAGAUGGAUGUCAGCAUGGGCGGCAGGGUGGCAGAAGAGCUCAUCUUUGGGGAUGAAAACAUCACUACAGGAGCAUCAAGUGAUUUUGAUGGAGCCACUAAGAUUGCAAAGUUGAUGGUUACACGCUUUGGUAUGAGUGACAAGCUGGGUGUCAUGACGUACUCGGACCUGUCCAAACAUAGCCCAGAAACACAAGCUGCUGUUGACCAGGAAGUCAGAAUGCUGCUACAGGAUUCAUAUGAGCGUGCUAAGAAACUCCUCAAGACAUACAGCAAAGAGCACAAAAAGCUGGCAGAUGCUCUGCUCACUUAUGAGACUCUGGAUGCAAAAGAAAUUCAGAUGGUUCUGGAGGGCAAAUCAAUAGAGCCCAGAUGAUAUUGAUCUCAAUAAUGUCAAAAAGAGCUGAAGAUGUUCAUUCAUAUUCAUUUAAACGAAGGUGAUUGAAUGAGGAAGGACGCUAAUAUAAUGUUCAAGUCUUCCACUGUCCUCAGUCAGCAGAAACAAAUAUACUGAGAAAUGUUCUAUUUAAUUUUGAGUUCUAUAAUGUUCCUUUACUGGAAGGCCAACCCGAUUUUAAAGACACCUUCAUAGAGCUAUUUGGACUAUUCUAAUUUCCCAAGCCAAAGUUUUUUUGUUGUGUGUUUUUUUUAUUUUAUUUUAUUUUUUUUUUAAAUGCCCACAGUUUCAAUUUCUUUGUAGCCUUUAUGUACUAUCUCGGUUUAUGUAUUUCCACUUUCGUAAAACAGCUACUCUUCUGACAAAUGAGCUCUGCAUUGCAUAUUGGAAAGUAGUGCUCAAUGAACCUUCUUGACGAUCCUGUGUGUGCAGAAAGGCAUGGUUACCCCAUUUUACCUUUUGCACUUUCCAUUCACUGUUACAAGUCCUGUAAAACAGAGUGAAAAUAAGAAUGCAAGUUUUGCCCUCAAGCCAUGAAUGACACAGAAACUGACUUCUAUAUUUCAGUAGAGCCAUUAAACUUAUUAGAUCUUAUUGAUCUAAUUUAAUAGCAUCACAUGGCUAUACUAUGAUAGUCUGUUAAUGGAAGCAAAGCACAUUGCUGGUAAAGAUAAUAUUAAUAAUUAUCUUUCAUUUCACUAUAGUCUUUCUGGAUGAAAUGAAGCUGCAACUUGAAAAUAUUUCACAUUUUUAAAAAAUUGGUUUGCAAAAGAAUUGUGACCUCAGUUAUAGUGUACUUCAAGUUAUCCGUGACUCUGGUGGACUGGCUCAUACCAGCUGAAUAUUUUGUGUCCUGUUGGACAAACUGAAUGAAUGAUUCAGACUGCAUCUCUCACCUCAUUAAAUACAAACCAAGAAUGUAACAUCAGUAUUACUUCAAUAAUAGGCUAAAGGUCUAAGUAUUGGUUUCUUUAAGGAGCAAUACUUUCUUUGAAACUUUUUAGGAAAAUGAGGACGCCAUUUAUAUUGUGAAUACUGGUCCUAUUUUCCAAGAAGACAUUUUUCCUGCAAAAAAGUGAUGAACAUUGACAAAGUUGCAGGAUUAUGUACCAAAAGUUUUCUUUUGUCUUUUAUAUCAGCUGUUGGAUUAUUUAGUUGUAUGAACAAAUCUGAUUUUACAAACUAAUAGGCCUAUUUAUUUGUCUGUUAGUUUGACAUGGUGCUGAUGGUAGUCAUCUGUAUUUGCCUGAUUAAUUGUGGCCAGAUUUAUGGCUGCUAAAGGAGCUGUGAUGACAACCCUGUAUAUAAGAGUCUAUGUAAUGUCUGUGUCUGCUUUGUGAAUUAGUCCUCAUUGAGAAUUAUUUGCCUAGUUAAAAAUGAGCAAUGGUGAAUACCUAAUAAAGUAUGCUGGAAAUGGUCAAAA